AUGCAAUCAAAUAAAUGUUUUUAUAAAGCAACAAAGAAAGGAACAAUUAUAAAAGUUGUAAAUGAAAUUUAUUUAAGAGAUGAUAUACCAUGUGGACAUGAUAGUUGUAAAGAAUGUAAAAUCAAAUUAGAGAGAAGGACAACAGUUGAAGAUAGAGCAUUAUUAUCAAACGAAAUCAAUACAAUUGAUUCUGAUAAAAUAUUAAUAUUAGAUACAAAUGUAAUAUUGCACCAAAUUGAUUUAUUAGAAGAUCCAACCAUAAAGAAUUGUAUAAUAUUAUCAACGGUAUUAGAUGAAGUUAAAUCACAAAAUCGUGCAAUCUUUAAUCGUAUACGUGAUGUAAUUAAAGAAUCCUCAAGAAAAUUUUAUGUUUACUCUAAUGAAUAUAGUACAUUCACAUCAAUCACUAGAGAAAAUGGUGAAUCGCCAAAUGAUAGAAAUGAUCGUGCAAUUCGUGUAGCUACUCAAUGGUAUAAAUCACAUCUUCAUAAAUAUUCAAUUAAAGUUUUAUUAAUUACAAAUGAUAAAGAUAAUUUAAAAAAAGCAAAAUCAUUAGGUUUAGAUUGUCAAACUAUUCAAGAUUUAGUAUUUGAAUUAUCAGAUAAGAAUCCAUCAUUGGUUGAUAAAUUAUCAGAUCCAAAUGAUGAUAGUAAUGAAAAAGAUAAUGAUGAAUCAAAGAGAUUCCAAUAUCAAGAACAUAAGCCAAUGUCAAUGUUAACAGAGGGAAUUAAAGGUGGUAAAUUAAUUCAAGGUAUAUUUAGAACAAGUAUAACCAAUUAUAGAGAAGCAACAGUAUCAAAUAGGGAGAUGGAAAAGGAGAUAUUGAUUCAAGGUAUUGAGAAUAUAAAUAGAGCAGUGGAUGGUGAUAUUGUUGCCGUUGAAUUAUUUGAUCAAUCUAAAUGGAAUACACCAUCGACUUUAAUUAUGUUAGAGAAUGAAGGUGUUGAAGAAGAUGAUGAUUCAAUUGCAAAGGAUUCAUUAAUUUCAAAAAAGCAACCAACUGGUAAAGUCGUUGGUAUAAUUAAACGUAAUUGGAAGCCAUAUUGUGGUGCAGUUGAAUUCAAACAAGAUGAUAAUAAUACUACUACGAAAACAAGUACAGGUUUACAUUUUCUUUAUUUUAUGCCAAUUGAUAAACGUAUACCAAAAAUUAGAAUCAAAAGUCGUCAAGUUAGUAAUUUAAUUGGUAAACGUAUUGUUGUGGCAAUCGAUCAAUGGGAUAAGAAUUCAAAAUAUCCAAGUGGUCAUUUUGUAAAGGAUUUAGGACCAUUGGGCGAUAAGGAAACAGAGAGUCAAGUAUUAUUGUUACAAUUCGAUAUACCACAUCAUCCAUUUGGUGCAGCAGUAAUGAAAUGUUUACCAUCACCAGAUAUUAUGGAUCGUGUUACGAGUGCUGAUAUGGUGGGUCGUAAAGAUUUGAGAAAGGAGUGUAUUUUCAGUGUUGAUCCACCAGGUUGUACAGAUAUUGAUGAUGCAUUACAUAUUAAAGAUCUUGGUAAAGGUAUUAUGGAGGUUGGUGUUCAUAUUGCUGAUGUAUCACAUUUUGUUCAAGAAGGUACAGCAAUCGAUGAAGAAGCUGCAAAUCGUAGUACUUCUGUUUAUUUAGUCGAUAGAAGAAUUGAUAUGUUACCAGGUGAAUUAUCAGGUAAUCUUUGUUCAUUAAUGUCAAAUGUAGAUCGUUUCGCUUUCUCUUGUAUUUGGAAAAUUAAUCAACACACUGGUGAAAUCAUUGCAGUCGAAUAUACUAAAAGUAUAAUUCGUUCAUGUGCAUCUCUAACCUAUGAACAAGCACAAAUUAGAAUUGAUGAUAAAUCUCAAAAUGAUCAAAUCACAGUAAAUCUUAGAAAUUUAAAUAGUUUAGCAAAAAUUCUUAGAAAACAACGUUUCGAUAGGGGUGCACUCUAUUUAGCUUCACCACAAGUUAAAUUCAAGACUGAAGAAUUGGGUGGUGAUCCAUCCGAUGUUGAAAUUUAUCAACUUCGUGAAACAAAUUCAAUGAUUGAAGAGUUUAUGUUGUUAGCAAAUAUUUGGGUUGCCAAGAAAAUUUAUAAACAUUUCCCAGGUUGUGCUAUGUUACGUCGUCAUCCAACUCCAAAUAAAGCAGCUUUCGAUUUAUUGACAAAGUUAAUCGAGAAUAAAGGUUACAAAUUCUCAACCACCACAAGUAAAGAUUUAGCAGAUUCAUUGGAUUCCGCUGUAGAUAAGAACGAUUCAUACUUUAAUACCCUAUGUCGUAUUAUGACAACCCGUUGCAUGUCACCAGCUAAAUAUUUCUCAUCAGGUUCAUUACCAUAUGAAGAUUUUAAUCAUUAUGGUUUGGCCACUGAUAUUUACACUCAUUUCACAUCACCAAUUCGUCGUUAUCCAGAUAUUAUAGUUCAUCGUUUAUUAGCUUCUGCAAUUGGUAUUCAAUCAGUUUCAUUAAAUUUAGAGAAUAAAACCAUUUCAGCAUUAACAGAGAAUAAUAAUUUCCGUCAUAAAAUGGCUCAAUACGCAAGUAGAGGUUCAACUCAACUUCAUACUUUAAUCUUUUUCAAAGGUCGUAAAUCUGUUGAAGAUGCUUAUAUCAUUCGUGUAAAAGCUAAUGCUUUUGUUGUAUUAGUGCCACGUUAUGGUUUUGAAGGUACUGUUUAUGUUUCUGAUCCAAAUUCUUCAACUGCUACCACCAAUGGUGGUGGUGGCACAUCUAAUAUUUAUAAUUAUAAUCAUGAAGAUCAAACACUUGGUAAUGGUAUUCAUACUUUUAGAGUAUUUGAUAAAGUUACUGUUGAAAUUUAUGUUGAUGAUAGUAAAGCUCAUGAUCAAAAAUUAAAAAUUAAUUGUAUAAAUCCAAAUAUUUCAUUCGUACCAUCUGAUGAUAUUGAUAGUAAUAAUUUAGAUGAUAUUUUAAAUCAAGAAAAUAAUAUUAAUAAAUCAACUUCCUCUACCUCAUCUUCAAAUAAAUCUUCAAAAGUUAGAAAACAACCUGAAAAUAUAAAAUCUUCAACAAAACCAACAUCAAAUAAAAAAUUAAAAAAAUAA